CUGAGUCAUCAUCUCAACACGUGUCUGUCCCCUCGUUUUUUUCUUCAGCUGCAAGUGGCCCAUUCUUUGAACCAGUUCUGGGUUGGCCUCCGCACCGGUCUCUGGCAGGGAAGGGUUAAGGCUGCAUCUUGAAGGAGCAGCCGACUUGACUCCCCAGCGUGCGGUUGGGCAGUGAGGCUGGUGGGGCUGCCUAGUUGAGCGGGGCAGCGAGACCAGCCCUGCUCUGCCCGGGAUGUUCGCUCUCCACGCAGUGAUGGGACUGUUGCUCCUGGGGGUGCUCCGAGCCUUCCCGCAGGGUCGAGCCCCCACGGACCCCUGUGUGGGAGACCCCAGCCGCUACUAUGACGAGGCCGCCGGGAGGUGCUGUUACCGCUGCCCUGAGGGGCUGUCCCCGAAGCAGCUGUGUCCGCAGGGGCCAUCCGACUGCAGGAAGCAGUGUGAGCCGGACUACUACCUGAACGGGCAGAACCGCUGCACGGCCUGUGUGAGCUGCGGAGAUGAUCUUGUGGAGAAGAAGCCGUGUUCGUGGAACUCCCCCCGUGUCUGUGAAUGCCGGGCUGGCAUGUUCUGUCUCACGUCAGCCGCCCACUCCUGUGCCCGCUGCGCCCCCCACUCCGUCUGCUCCGCAGAGAUGAUUGUCAAGUUUCCGGGCACAGCGGAGAGGGACACCAUCUGUGAGUCACCUUCCCCAGGGGCCAGCCCUGACUGUGGCACCAGCCCGGAGGACUGCAAGGCACCUGCCAGUGGCACCUCUCCGCAGGCCAUGCCCAUCCCGACCUCAGCCAGCUCCCGUGCCAGGACCAUGCUUCUUGGAGAGGACACUCCCCGCGCCCCAGAAGAUGAUGCCAAAAUGAUGAGGGCUCCCAACUCUCUCUCCUCGGAGGGGAAGCCCAGUCUGGAUCCAGGGUUGUCCCCGCAGCACCUGUGCCCUCUGGGGUCCGCUGACUGCAGGAAGCAGUGUGAGCCGGACUACUACUUGGACAGGGAUGGCCGCUGCACGGCCUGUGUGAGCUGCUCAGGAGGUGACCUCGUGGAGAAGACACCUUGCACGUGGAAUUCCUCGCGGGUCUGCGAAUGUCGACCUGGAAUGUUCUGUGUCACAUCGGCCACCAACUCCUGCGCCCGCUGCACCGCCUGCCCCAUCAUCGACCCGGAGGUGGCCACCAAACUCCAGGGUAAAGCUGAGAAGGAUACCACCUAUGAGCCAUCUAACCCCGGGACCCAUCUAAACUGCAGCACCAACCCGGAGGACAGCGAGGUGCCUGCCAGUACCAGCCCCUCCUGGAUCUCCCCCGCAGACUCCCAGGCCAGUGAGGGGCGUGGAGGGGGUGCCACCCACGCCCGGUGGGACGCGUCCAUCUCAACAAGUGCCCCCGUCUCCUUCUCCUCCUCUGGAAGAACCAUCCUGGUUUCAGGGUCUGUGCUCUUCUGGGCGAUUGUGGUGCUGGUGGUGGUCAUGGGCACCAGCUCCUUCCUCCUGUACCACCGGAAGGCCUGCUGGAAGUGGAUUCGGCAGAAGCUGCACCUGUGCUACCCAGUCCAGACCUUCCAGCUCAUGCCCGAGCCUGUGGAUUCUAGGCCCCAGAGGACCCACACAGAGUGGAAGGGGAGUGUGCUGGUAGCCCAGCCCUGCACAGAAGUUCUGGGGUUAAUGAGCCCCCCAUCUGUGGAGACCAGCCCCAACAUGGGGGCAGCCUGCCUGGAGAGCCUGCCGCUGGUGGGUGCCAGUCCAGCUGGGAGCCCCUCGUCCCCCAGGGACCUCCCUGAGCCCCGGGUGACCACGGAGCAUACCAACAACAGGAUCGAGAAAAUCUAUAUCAUGAAGGCCGACACAGUGAUCGUGGGGACCGUGAAGACCGAGGUGCCCGAGGGCCGGGGCCUGGCGGGGCCGGCGGAGCCCGAGCUCGAGGAGGAUCUGGAAGUGGACCAUGCCCCCCACUACCCGGAGCAGGAGACAGAACCACCUCUGGGCAGCUGCAGGGAUGUCAUGUUCUCAGUGGAGGAGGAAGGGAAGGCGGACCCCUUGCCUACGACCGCCUCUGGGAAGUGAGGCCUGGCCCGGGCUGGGGCUGAGUGGGCAGCUGGGUGCUUCCUGGGACCCGAGGCAACACGAGUGGACCAAGCUGGUGGCAGAGGGCUGUCUGCUGAACUGAGUUUCCAGCAUCCAGAGGUCAAUGCAGGAGGGGUUCUACCUGCAUCCCCCCCAGCUGCCCCCCCACUCUGACCCUAGUGGGUGUGCAGUAGAGACAACCAAGAGGCUAGAUCUGAAGGGCGGUGUUUGCUGGGGCAGCAGACAGACAGCAGGGACCGCACAGUGCCUUCUGCUACUACCGAGAAGAUGCUCAGAGCCCAGGGCAUUGGACACACUGUGCCAGGGCUGGAGCCCACUUGAAGCAGAGGCCGUGAGCCCGUACCCCGUGCCUUCUACCCUUGCUCUGGGCCUCAGGAGAGAUACCCACUGGUCUUGUUACCAUGCCAACCCCCCUUCCAGUCACUGUAAGUGUGGCUCCCUGUGGCACUGAGCCAGCGCCUGUGGUUUCUCUUCCGUCAAAGGGAAGUAGAGGGACAGGGUGCUGUUGGCUGGCCCAUCUUGGCCGCCACCACUGCGCUCUGUGCCCUGCGCCUGGUGCGUGCUCAGCCUGGCCUCCAACCCUGCUUGGGCGGAGUGGGGCCCGCCUGGUGCUGCCUCUGUCCGUGCCCUGUAGCCCCCACGGGGGGCCCACAGCCUAGGAUCAACUCACUCAUCUCAGAAUGUUCCCACGAGUCCCCUCAGCAGGGGGUGUCUCGGGACCCAGAUGUCUGCAGACCCUCAGCAGCUUUGGUGCCCACCCUGGUCAAUGACCCUGUCCCCUAGCUGCCGCCUGGUCAAGGCCAACUCUGCUUUGCUCGGGGCCUCCUGCGCACAGGAGGAACUGGGGACCCUUCUGGGCCCUUGCCCAUUUGGUGGGCACUGCCCGCUCGGACCUGGGGAAUGAAGGUGCCCCUUCCCCAGCUCUGCCACACACACACACGGGUCCUGAUGGCACCCGGUCCCGCCCUCCUGCUGCAUUUGCUCCGCACUCCUGUUGGGACGUGGAUGUCGAAGGGCCGCAUCCUCCUCCUCUCGGACUCAGAGCUGCACAGGGCUCUGCGCUCAG